AUGCAUCCCACACAGCAGGCUGCGUGGAGGAACACUCCCGACGAGGCGGAGAUUGCGCGCCGUCAGACGGUCGGCAUCAACCUUGAGACGGUCAGCAACAACAUUUCCACCGACUACCCGGGCCACUUCCCGGGCGAGGACCUCGAGUUCACUAUCGAGCGCUUCCGCAAGGCCUUCUCCGUCGACUUCCACCAGAACGACCAGUUCCUGUCCUCCUUCUCCCUCGUCGGCAUCGACGCCUCGCUCUCCAACGCCUUCCGCCGCAUCCUCCUCUCCGAGAUCCCUACCCUCGCCAUUGAGAAUGUUUACAUCGAAAACAACACCUCCGUGAUCCAGGACGAGGUCCUCGCCCACCGUCUCGGCCUCAUCCCCUUCAAGGGCGGCCGUGAGGGCCUCCUCAACUUCCUUAAGUGGCACAAGAAGCCCGAGGCCGGCGAGGACCCCUACGCAGGCUGCUUCGACUAUAACACGGUCCGCCUCGAGCUGAAUGUCGAGUGCACCGUCAACCCGGACGCCGCCCCGACCGAGAAUGAUCCCCUCAAGGCCUACAACAACGCCCACAUCUACGCCAAGGACAUCGUCUUCGUGCCCACCGGCAAGCAGGACCAGUACUUCAGCGGCGAGAACGCCAUCGCGCCGACCAACCCGGACAUUCUCAUCGCCAAGUUGCGACCCCGUCAGUCCAUCAACCUUGCCAUGCAUAUGCACAAGGGCAUCGGCUCCGACCACGCCAAGUUCUCCCCUGUCGCCACGGCCUCCUACCGAUUACUCCCCACCAUCACCAUCACCAAGCCCAUCCUCGGCGCUGAUGCCGAAAAGUUCGCAAAGUGUUUCCCCAAGGGCGUUAUCGGCCUCGAGAAAGUCACCAAGAAGGAGGCGGCCCAAAAGGGUAGUGGGUAUGAGGGCCAAGAGGGCCAGGCCAAGGCCGUCGUGGUGGAUGCCAUGAAGGACACCGUGAGUCGCGAGUGUCUGCGACACGCCGAGUUCGAAGGGAAGGUCAAGUUGGGCCGAAGGAGAGACCAUUUCAUCUUCUCCAUUGAGAGCACGGGGCAGUGGGAUAGCGAUGAGCUCUUCCUUGAGUCCGUCAAGCAUCUGAAGCUCAAGUGCAAGAAGCUCGAGCAGCAGGUCAUCAACAUGGCGCGGUAG